AUGGCUGCCUCGUUGGAGGGAAUUCUGUCUCGGCUUCUGCAGCCGGAUAAUGAUGUCAUACAGAAGGCCACUCAAGACCUGAAGGAAGCUUUCAAAAACCCGGACACUUUGCAGAACCUGUGCCAUAUUCUGGGGACCUCAACACAGCCUCAGAUUCGUCAGUAUGCUGCGGUCUUGAUCCGGCGGAAAAUACACAAGUUAAAGCAGUGGACACAACUUGAUGAGAGCAUUAAAAAUAACAUCAGAGAAAACAUACUUCAUCUGCUUGUACAUGAGCAGGAGAAGAGUCCACGGGCUGCAAUCUCUCAGAUUAUUGGAGUAAUAGCCCGACAUGACACCCCCAACAACCAAUGGCCUGCUCUGUUUGAGUUCCUGGUCCGUUUUCUGAAAGAUGAAGAUCCCAGCAAAAGAGAGACUGGGAUGGUUGUGCUGACAAGUGUGACCUCGGUUGCUGCUGAGCAAAUGAAGCCUCACAUGGUGUCCCUUCUGAAUCUUCUGGCAGAUUCUCUAGGAGACAGAGUCAAUAUUGAAGUUGCCUAUUUGUCCGUAAAAGCAAUGACAGAUUUGAUCUUUUAUAUCGGGGAUGAUGAAAUGAAACACAUCCAGAAUGUUGUACCUAAAGUUUUGGAAGUUGUCCAGAUUUUGGCAGUCCAUGAUGAGGAAAAAGCGUGUGUUGCCCUGGAGUUUUUUGAUGAGCUUUUAGAGUCCGAAGUCGCAAUCAUUGUACCACACCUGAAACCUUUGCUCCAGUACUGUCUACAGACGGCAAGCAACAAGGAUUACACUGAUGCACUGAGAGUCAAAGCUAUGUCAUUUGUAGCUUCUCUAGUUCGCCUCAAGAAAAAGACUGUCAUGAAACAUCACAUGGUGGAGCCAAUACUUCAGGUUCUGUUUCCUAUCAUCUGUGAGGAUGACGAAGAGGAAGAUGAUGAUGAAGAAGAGGCGGAGUCUCAUAGCCCUUCACAGUAUGCCGUUCAGGUGAUUGAUACAAUGGCCCUUCAUCUGCCACCAGAGAAGUUUUUGAAGAAAGUGACACCAAUGGUAGAAGUCUGUUUGAAAAGUAUUGAACCAUCCCAUAGACGAGCUGCCUACCUGGUCAUGGCCGUGGUUGUGGAAGGCUGUGGAGAUUACGUCAUGAACAAAAUGUUGCCUCAGAUGUUACAGAUGGUCUGCCAGGGGUUGAAUGAUCCCUCUCAUCUUGUCAGAAACUCUGUACUGUUUGCAGUUGGCCAGUUUUCUGAGCAUUUGCAGCCGGACAUCAGCAAGUAUGCAUCACAGUUGCUGCCCUUGCUGUUCCAGUAUUUAAACAAAUCUAUGGAGGAAGUGGAUAAGAAUCCAAAAGGUGUUAUCAAAAGUCACUAUGCCCUGGAGAUGUUUUGUGAGAAUUUAGGUGCAGGAAUUCUGCCCUUCCUUCCCGAGCUGAUGGGUUAUCUGCUUAAUGUAAUACACAACUGUCACCUAGACAAGCCUAAAGAGCUGGCCAUUAGUGCAAUCGGGGCAGCCGCAAAUGCAGCCAAGGAGGAGAUGCGACCCUACUUCAAGGACAUCCUGGAGUUGUUCAAGGGCUUUCUGACCACGUCAACCGAGGUCAAGGAGGAGGAGAAGAAGUUGCAGCUGGCGGCCAUUGAUACCCUGGCCGUGUUUGCACGCUGUAUUGGUGAGGAAACCUUCCGCCCCCUGGCCACGGAAUGUGUCAACUUGGGUUUGAACCUGCUGAAUUCUUCCAGUGACCCAGAUCUACGCAGAUGUGUGUACAGCUUGUUUGCUGCCAUCUCCACCGUCAUGAAGUCAGACAUGGCCGACUACCUGGAGACAAUCACCAACUGUAUCUUUACUUCCAUGAAGUCAACCGAAGGAGUCAAGGCACACUAUAAAAAUGAGAGCGACUGCGUGACAGUUUUUGAUGAGGAAGAUUUCAAUGAAGAUGAUGACUUGGAGACAGAGAAUGGUGAUGAUGAGGAGGAUUACAAGCUCGAAGGGAUAUCAGUCGAGAAUGCUUACCUGGAUGAGAAAGAGGACGCUUGCUGUGCCCUGGGGGAACUUGCCUAUAACACAGGACCAGCAUUUUUCCCGCUGCUACAAAAGUCAUAUGCAGAAGUGGUGGACCUGGUCAACUACCCAGCCGUGGGCAUCAAGAAGGCAGCCUUCAGCACCCUGUGCCAGCUGUGUCUGUGUGUGCAUGAGGCGUACAAGGCAACACAGUCUCCUGAAGCCUACGAAGCCCUGAAGAACAUGAUCCUGGGCGUUGUGCCCAGGUACCUGGAGGCCAUCAAAUCAGAGAUGGACCGCACUGUGGUGAUGUCGGCUGUCGAUUCCCUGCAGGAGCUGCUGGACAAGAUUGGGCAGAUAGUUCUGAGCAUCACCGGGGCAACCGAUGCCAUUCUAACCGCCAUGAAGGAAAUUUUCACCCACAAGGUGGCCUGCCAGGAUCAGGACGAUGAGAAUGAAGAUGAAGCUGAGUUUGACAGCAUGCUCAUCGAGUCAGCUGGCGAUGUACUUCCUGUCAUGGCCAGGAUUAUGGGAGGGGAAAAUUUUCUUCCGUUCUUCACUUCCUUUGUCCAUGACCUUCUUAAAAGAUUGAAGGAGACCUCUUCGACUGCAGAGAAAUCGUUCGCUGUGGGCACUCUGGCAGAAGUGAUCGAAGCUUGUGGAAGUGCUGUGGGUUCUGUGUUCACAAACACCCUGUACCCGGUGUUCACCCGCAUGACGACUGAUGAAGAUGAGGAGGUGCGCAGUAAUUCUGUAUUUGCCUUGGGCGUCCUGGCGGUUAAUGGAGGCGAUGUGAUGGUUAGCCAUUACACCGAUGUCCUCAAGACAUUGUUUUCUGUGAUGAGCACAGAGUCCAACCCACGAGUUCUGGACAAUGUGUGCGCUGCUGUUUGUCGUAUGAUCUGGUACAGCCCUCAGAAUGUGCCUUUGGCUCAGGUGCUUCCUGUGGUCCUGCAGCUGCUGCCGUUGAAGGAGGACUUUGAGGAGAAUGUCACCGUGUUCACCUGCCUCUUGAAGUUAUAUUCAGAGAAUGUCCCUGAGCUGAUCCCGUUUAUCCCCCUACUCCUGACAGUGGUGGCUUCUGUGGUGAGGACAGAGAAUAUUAAAGAUG